AUGAUCCUCCGUUUUGUUCAUGUCCUUUUACUGCUUAAUGCCUUCACAACUGAACCAAGGGAGAGCAGGGCACAGCCAUGUGAGGACAAAGGUAUCGAAGAGCUCUGUCGCCAAGUAAAAAACAGAGGACAGUGCCAUAUGGGCAGUACAACUCUCUUUGCGGCAGCAAUCUGUGCCAAAACUUGCGAGUUCUGCACAACUGAAAAGCCAAAGAAUACUAGGAACAAUAAGGAACGUAGAAACCAAUAGGACAGUCAGAGUUGUUACGAAGUUUAUCAGAGAGGAAACUGCGAAGCUGUGAAAGACCUCUGUGCCAAGACGUGUCAUUUUUACACUAAUUUGAAAAUUAAAUGCAAAAUUCACGAUACUUCUGCGAUACCCGUUUCAAGUCGAAAUUCGAAAGUAUUGGUUGAGGGUAGUGCAUCGGUGGCAAAAAGAAGCGAGAAAAUCCGCCAGCUUUGUGAGCAAGAAGGCUUCCUAGAAGUAGUAAAAAAUGGAGUUGUAUAA